GUCGAAGUAAAGGGAGGUAAGGAAGAUCCUGGAUUGUGUUGGGUGCCGUGAGUUGGAACAAAUUGGCAACCCUUGCAAUGAAAAGGUAUCGCACAUGCUGGGACCUUUGUGGACAUAACACAAGAUACGCUUACACGGCAUUAGUGUUACACUUUCUUCCUUCUUGCGUGUUUAAACAUCUUCAAACGUUGAAAUAGACUUCGGCAUUCGUUCAGGCAGGGAUCAACUGUUAAGUGUUAGGACCAGUUAAGACCUGGGUGGAAUUUAUCGUGUGGAUUUCCAUUACAACUGUGGACAUGUCUAAGUUGGCCGUCCAGUGUUCCAUGUGGAUGAUGGCCGUGUACCACGGUUUCCGCAUGUUGGCUUUCAUAGCCACCAUGUGCUGGACGUAUGGAGUGAGGAGUGUGUUUAGCUGGAAGCCCACGCCGAGGCCGAAGCAGCUGGAUGACCCUUCCUUGGGCACUCACGGGAUGCUUACCUUGGACAAUGUGGUCAUUCACUACGUGGUCAGCGGCCCAGAAGACAAGCCCUUGAUGCUCUUUGUCCACGGCUUUCCGGAGUUUUGGUACUCCUGGAGGCACCAGAUACGCGAGUUCCAGAAAGACUUCAGGGUCGUGGCUAUUGACAUGCGCGGUUACGGCGAGUCCAGCAAGCCUAAAGGCAUGGAUGAGUACUGUCUAAAGAAGCUCUUGGGCGACGUCAAGCAGGUCAUUUUCGGCAUGGGAUACUCCAAGUGCAUCUUGGUCGGUCACGAUUGGGGCGGUGCCGUAUGCUGGGCCUUCGGGAGACUUUUCCCCGAGAUGGUGGAGAAGCUGAUCAUCAUGAACGCCCCGCCGGCGCCCGUGAUGCAGAAAGUGUUUAGAAAGAGCAAGAAGCAGCUCCAGAUGUCUUGGUACAUCUUUUUCUUCCAGCUGCCCUAUCUCCCAGAGCUUCUGGUGAGGCUCAACAGCUUCGUGUUUUUUGACAACGUCUUUGGAAACAAAUACAUAGGCAGGUUGGGGUUUCCGAAGGCGUUUGAGAACCCUUUGAGCCAAGAGGAUAUUGCUGCUUACAAGUACACGUUCUCUGAUGUCGAAGGCGUCACUGCUCCCAUAAACUACUACAGGGCCAGGCUCCGCUCCGCUGUGGGGCAGGUGGACUACGACAUGGCCUUCGCCAUCCCUGUCCUGGUGGUCUGGGGGGUCAAGGAUGUGGCUCUCAGCCUGACCAUAGUAGAAGACAUUGAGAAAGAGUUCCCGAACAUUACUGUUCGAAGAAUCGAGGACGCUGGUCAUUUCGUGCAGAUGGACCGACCGGAUUUGGUGAACAAAGCAAUACGAGACUGGCUGAAUGAAUGAUAGAUGGAUACAGUGUGCACUGAAUUCUUUCAAUUUAAAAACUGAAGUAUUAUCAUUUGUUAAAAUGUAAUUAUUUCACUUUCUCUAAAGUUAAGUAGUGUUUAAGUGAAAAUGUAACUACUAUUCAUACUCUGGCAAAUUAGGAUUUUGUAGCUUUUUUUUUCUCUUAAAGUCUUACAUAAAUUAUAUUAUAGCUUUUAUAUAGCGCUACUUUCAUGCUUAUAGCAUGCUGUACUAGUUUGAGAACCGAAACCAGAUUAUGUCAUUUGACUUGUACAUAUAAUACAACAUAUUUCUAAAGAGAUUUAAAUAUUGCAUUUUUAAACGCGCUGUUUGUGAUCAUGUUUUAGUUUUUGUUUGAAACCACUUUGGAGACUGGCACUAUUAAUUUCACAUUUUGAUUCUUAGCCAAUGUCUAGUUCUACAAUCAUCUUAACAUUUUUAUUUCAAGCCAAUGUCUAGUUCUACAAUCAUCUUAACAUUUUUAUUUCAAGCCAAUGUCUAGUUCUACAAUCAUCUUAACAUUUUUAUUUAAAGCCAAUGUCUAGUUCUACAAUCAUCUUAACAUUUUUAUUUCAAGCCAAUGUCUAGUUCUACAAUCAUCUUAACAUUUUUAUUUCAAGCCAAUGUCUAGUUCUACAAUCAUCUUAACAUUUUUAUUUUAAGCCAAUGUCUAGUUCUACAAUAAUUCUUAACAUUUUUAUUUUAAGCCAAUGUCCAGUUCCACAGUCAUUCUUAACAUUUUUAUUUUAAGCCAAUGUCAAGUUCCACAGUCAUUCUUAACAUUUUUAUUUUAAGCCAAUGUCAAGUUCCACAGUCAUUCUUAACAUUUUUAUUGUUAGCAAAUGUCUAGUUCCACUAUCAUUUUUUUUUCGUAAAAAGUUGCUUUUUCAGUGACUCACAAUGUCCUUUUAAAAAACAGUUGUCUUUUUUUUUCCCAUUAUCAUAGUCUUGUUUUGUCGGCUUAGUGAAUAGGUUCCCUCUAAAUGUUUAUUUAGAUAAGUUUACAUGUAGCGGGCAUUUAAAUAUACUGGCAUGUACCUAGUUUCUUUGUGUGAAUGAUACUCGCAUUGUUUUAAAAUGUUAUCAAUGUUUUAUAAUGGUGUAUAGAAAGCUGCAGAUAUAUUUUUAUCAAAACCCUA